AGGAACCCACCGAGAGAAGGGGGCCGCGACCAUAGAGUCGCUCCGCGAGUUCCUAGAGUGGCAGCGGCGGCGGGGCCUGCACUUCCGGCGUCUGGAGGGCGCCGAGCUGGGGAGCCGGGGCGGCGGGCUUGAGAAUUCUGAGCUCUGUAGCUCUCGGAAGAGAAGCAUUAGUUCAGAAGAAGCAAGUGGACUCUUAAGAACACAUCUGACUCUCACAAUGCAGUUAGGAAAACCGAAGGGAGGUAUUUCUCGGAGCGCAAGCCAAGGGAAGAUUUCCCGGAGCGCAACCCAAGGGAAGAUUCCUCGGAGCGCAAGCCAAGGGAAGAUUUCCCGGAGCGCAACCCAAGGGAAGAUUCCUCGGAGCCCAACCCAAGGGAAGAUUCCUCGGAGCCCAACCCAAGGGAAGAUUUCUCGGAGCGCAAGCCAAGGGAAGAUUCCUCGGAGCGCCCAAGGGAAGAUUUCUCGGAGUGCAAGCCAAGCAAAGCCCUCUGAGAACCAGCGCAAAAGAGGCUGGCAGCGGCAGAAAUGGGGAACGACUAUUCGGUUUGACUCAGGCUUGAGUAGACGGAGAAGAGGCCUGGAUGAGAAGCCCUACAAAUGUAAAGAAUGUGAAAAAAGUUUCAGUCAGAGCUCAACCCUUUUUCAACACCGGAAGAUCCAUACUGGAAAGAAAUCCCAUAAAUGUGCUGAUUGCGGGAAAAGUUUCUUUCAGAGUUCUAAUCUCAUCCAGCAUCGACGGGUCCAUACUGGGGAAAAGCCCUAUAAAUGUGAUGAGUGUGGAGAAAGGUUUAAACAGAGCUCCAAUCUCAUUCAGCACCAGAGAAUUCAUACUGGAGAAAAGCCCUAUCAGUGCGAUCAGUGCGGCCGAUGCUUCAGCCAGAGCUCCCACCUCAUUCAGCACCAGAGAACCCACACAGGGGAGAAGCCCUACCAGUGCAGUGAAUGUGGCAAAUGCUUCAGUCAGAGCUCCCACCUCAGGCAGCACAUGAAGGUGCACAAAGAGAAGGUGCACAAAGAGAAGUCACGCAAAACUCCAGGCAAAAACAUUAAGGCAAAAACUCACGUAGUAUCUUGGAAAACGGGCACAAAAAGGAAGUCGGUGGGUCGCCUCCGCUAAAGGCAAAGGAAAAGAAAAGCUCCCUUAGAUCUAGAGGUACUUCACAAUAGAGCAUGCAAACACCGACCUUUCCCAGCAUGGAGACGUUGGAGCACGGGGUUCAGUGCCAUCAGGCCAGGCGGGUGGAAAGAAAUGACCUGAGUCCACUGUUCUCGUUUAUGUAACCUGGAGUACAGAAAACUGAAAACAUUUUUUGCUAGAAUAUAAACUUCUUGACCUUGUUUGAAAGAGUUGCCUGCAUAAUUUUGACAAGAACAAUCAUGUUUUAAUGGCAUAUA